AUGGAUGUAGCAAAGAAGCGAAAAAGUAGGCGUACUCACAAAGUUGAGAAAGUUAAUACCCAUGUACUGAAGCGAAAUUAAGCAGAUAUGUUAGCAGAUUAUAGCAGAUAUCACUGAUAAUUGUUUAUAGGAAAUAAUUAAUAUCCUUAAUAGUCUUAUUGACUAUAAGUAUUUAUAGUAAUAUAGUCAGAUGUCCCCAAUUAGUUUGCAAUCAACCAGCACAGCCGACACAUAAAAUAAUCAAUUUAAGCAAAGCUAUAAAUUGCGGUUAAUGGAGUAAUAUGUUCUGAAGGCUCUAUCUGCCCUAGGGUGUUUUCAGUCUGCCAACGCAUCUGCGUCACAACAAUUAAUCCGUACCAGGUACGUACAAGGUCCAAGUACCUUGGCAGAACAAGGGAACCGUUUUCUAGUCCUGUUAAUAUUACAAAAUAUCAGAUAAAUAUCGAACUUUAAGAAUGUGAACAACUGAUGCAAACUUGGGAUUAACCAAUCAGAAAUUAUCCUGAAGGUUUUUUCCUUCACGUGCAUACGUACAAUGGCCCCCCUCUUUGCGCAAGGACUUUUGAUUGCAGUGUCGACGUGCACUGCUCAUUCGCAAGACUUUAGCCAGUGCGUUAACAUCUCUGGCAAAAUGUUUGGCUAAUAAUUUAAGGGACCAAACCUUGGCAAAGAAGUGGAAAUUAAAAAAAAAAAACAGACCAAUCUUGGAACAAAUGGCAAAAGUAAUACGCAAGAUCACAAGUCCAAGGAUGACGCAGUUUCCCUGAGAUGCACAAGAUCCCAUGCAUGCAGUGUUCCAGAACCAGAAUGUUGCCGCUUGGAAUCCACGUUCUGGGACCUCAAACGGAGUGAGUUUGUUCCAUAUUGUUUAUAUACUUCUCUAAUAUAACGUUCUUGAAUUUACUGCUAUUACACUAUUAAUAUAUAACUUUAUCUUGCUCUUCUGCUGUCCAUCAUGAGUCACAAUUUGUAUUGUAUUAGUAUGCUAUGCAUUCGCACCUACUCAAGGUUACAUGCUAUCCUAUUAUCUCCAGUUGCAUGCUAUUGCUACUUUGUUUAAUUUAAUACCAUACAAACAAGACACGUAAUUAACUGCAUAUUUAGAUUAAUAGAUGUGGUUGGAUACAACUCUCCAUUCAUUUGCCUUGCUUGUAUGCGAACUUGUGUCGCAUCCGCUAUUCGCUCAGGCGGGAACUAUUUUGGAAUAUCUUAGGCUAGAUAUGUUAUAACAGCUGUAAUACAGCCUUAUCGUACUGCUACUUUAUACUCGUACCUAAAGUGUAUACACGAGUCACGAUUCAUAAUGCACUGUUUGCUGCAUUUCACCUAUUUUCCUGUGCACAAGUCUUAACACAGUUCUAUAGCUAUUAUUGAUACUUUGUAGCAUGCCAGCCAUACGAACAACAUGUAUUCAACGACAAAAAAUUACACCCAGUUACUAAGAACUAUGGUGUUAUUGUGACUUGUGAGUUGAAUAACUUGAAAAACUGCAUCACAUCACGAGCUAUGUAUAAUAAGAUUAAGCAGUUAUUUUUCAUUAAUCUCACCUGGGAAAAUCCCGCACUUAUGGAGUGUCGUAUAACCAAUUUGCGCAAUAGUUUUACCAUACACAUAUUAUACACAUGGCAUAUAUAUAAACACGUCAUUUUAGUUGACCUGCGUCUGGGGAUGAAGGCAGACUUAUGGCCUCAUUAAUAUCAUUAUCGAGACGUAAGCAUAAGCAAAAUCGCUGAAUCUUACUGGCUGCCGCUUUUGAAUUUGCAUGCUUAGGUAAAAUACUUGGUGUUGUUAAUAUUGAGUGUGACUGAACGGGACUAAAUCCUGAAUAAAUUGAAUGUCGAUACACGCAUGUUUAAUGCGGGUCUUUCAAACUUGAAACUUAUAGCUCGAUCGAUCGUAUAGCAAAUAGUUAUACUAAUAUACUCACAUACGCAACUAUUUCUCGUGGCAAGAUUCGAAGAGAAGAUGGGUUCCCCACACUCUUCUCAGAUAUAAAAAGAAGUGUGACUGAAUGACUUCAUGCAUGUAUACAGUUUAUUAGUUGAUGUUUUGCAGACCUUUGUCAGUCAUCAGGUCACAACUCGCAAGCCAGAAGGGAAUUCAUACCUCUUGUAAAUCCGCAAUAUUCUUUAUAUGAAUAUGGCAAUGCUAACAGCAAUGUACAAUGAAGUGGAAAUAUUUCAACUAUCAAAAUUGUUAGCCUUUAAUAAUUGCUUUACUGGCUAUAAUUAUACUGCCAUUGGAUUGCACAUAGGUAAUAAUACUAACGACUUACAAUGUCAUCGCAUACAUAUUUAAAAGUGCCAAAGACAAAGUCACAAUAACGGUGUACUAUUUGUAAUUGUAGGCCAUAAUACCAGAUUGUGCAUCAGUUGGAUGCAUAAACAACCAAAAUGCAUGGCAAACACAAUCUGAGAAAAACACUAUACUGUUUCAAGUUAUCAUAUAUUUACUAUACAGUACACCCCAGCUAGAUCCAUCAUCCAUGUAUACUCGCUUUCUGUGCCUGGCAAUGGAAUUUGCAGAGGCAAGCAAUAAUUGAUUUUCAUCCAUAUCAUAUAACAAAUAAUCUGCAUGCAUAAGUUGCUUUAUAAGGCGGUUUAGUUGGCAUUAGCAUAUAUUCACUAACAUAAUCAAUCAGAUCUUGGAUUUUGAGGAACGAACAUUGCAUAAAUGAAUAUGAGUCCGUUUUUCGUCUUUAGAUGUAGGUUAACUAUUCAGUUAUCUUUCCACCUAUACAUUCAUCACCUUGUUCCACCAAUUUCUCGCUGUACAGGUAGAGCACUCGUUUUCCUCUUGCGUCUUUCCUUUUGUUUUUAAGGUGAACAACAAACUCGAAUGUGUUCUGGUGAUGUUCACUCCUGCUAUCUGAACCGAAGACUAUCCCCAGAUUGCAGCCUCAUCGCUCGAUUAUGAACUCUAAAACAUUCUAACUGUCUAGAUGUAUUGUAAUGUCCCUGCAUGAAUUGCGAGGACGAGGUUUUACUGAGGUUUAACUAGUAGUUUAUAAAGCUCAGAAGCUUCUAUAAUCCAGUUUAAACAAUGGCAAAUUCAAAUUUAACGAAUCUGCCUAAUAUUGAUAUGCUAAACGCAAAGCAAAAAACAAAUUUUUAUUCUUUAACCACCCCCUUUUUCAUUUUAUUGCCGACCUGGUCGACUCUGCGCUGCUUCCCGUGGCAGAAACGACAACCUAUACUUUGUAUAGAUUGUCAUUAAUGGUAGGGAAGUGCUGUCCGAUGGACAACACUUCACCACGUGAAGCGCAAUCACUGCUCAUUCAGGUCGCACUGAAGACCUGAAUGAGCAGUCCUAGAGACUCGAUGUGGUCAGUCAGGUUAUCAGUUGCGGCCCAGGGUAAUGUGCCCUAUACCAAUAGUUGUUCACCAGUCCAACCAGGUCUCAAUGUCGACGGCCUGACGGAUCUGAACUGGGGUUCGCCUGUUCCCCUGUUAUCUAGAGGUCCACCUGUUCCUCUAGAACAACCUACAGUUUUUGCGUGUAUCCUCAGCCAGCUUUGAGUACCCUGGGUAAUGUGCCCUAUACCAAUAGUUGUUCACCAGUCCAACUAGGUCUCAACUCGCUGAACGACAUGCACAGAGUCAAGCAUGCCCUCUGCAGUCUAGAGAUUCGCCUGUUUCUCUAGAUAAAACUUAGGUUAGCGAGAGCCUCUAGACAGUUCGGCCAGAACUGUUUUCGAGCACUUCUCUGCCCAAAAUAUAUGCCACAAAAAUGUGUUCCAAGUUAUUGUUGUCUUGCUUAGUUGCCAGUUGUUCGAUUUUAACUAUCUGUCUCUUUCCAACAUAUUCAACUUCAUUAAUAAAGUUUUAAUUUUUCAAUCAAUCAAUCAAUCAAUUGAUUUUAUUUUCCAGAAAAACGAAGCGUUGGUGAACCAUAUUAUAUACGUAACCAUAGUGAUUGUAAGAAUUAUCAUGAUAGUGAUAUUGCCAAUAGAGAUUAUGACAAUCCUGAUGACAGCGAAAAUGAUAACAACAGUGGUGAUGAUGUUAACUUUGGUGGUGAUAACAUUGAUGAUGAUAAUGGUCAUGCUGGUGGUGAUGAUGUUCUUGACUCUGGUGAUGAUG